UGACUAGUUCGUGCCACGAUAACGAAUCGUUAACAUUUUGUAAUCGCAUAGUCGAUUUUUCGAAUUUCCGUUUGAAUUUUGCAAACAAAGACAGUUGCCUGCCUUCAACACUAAUACACGCGAAGCGCUUUCGGCUGCGUAUAAUAGGAGUGUCGGGGAGUGUCGGGGCCGCAGCUGAAUAUUACAGUCCGCUCCUAUUUAGUGCUGUUUACUCAGGAGAAGACGACGCAUCGGCGGUCUACUCUUUGUUCCCGCGGGGCGCAGGCACGCGUGCGCUGCCCCGGGCGCGCGCUCGAGUGGAUUGACAUGCGGGGAGAUCAGCUGGAAAAUUGACCGACUUCUUUUUUACUGUCUUCAAGGAUACGCGAGCUUUGCACACCUAUUUGUUUAAGGCCUUCUUUUUACCGCGCGAAUAUGAGCGUCGAGUGGAGAUUUAGGAUCCAACUGAAUGAUUGAGUGCGACGAAAAAAACACAAUGUUGUUACUUUUCGUUGCAGAUGAAGGUGCUCCAUUCGGCAUUGAUAGUUGGCGCGGUGCUGUCCUGUUUGCCCGGAACUUGCUACUCGAAACCGGAAUUGCAGUUGUUGAGCGUCAUUUUUCGGCACGGCGAUCGCACACCUAACGCCGAAGCUAUCUUUCCAACUGACCCUAACUACCACAACGAUUUUUUUCCCAUAGGUCACGGAGGAUUGACCAACUCUGGCAAGCUUAGGAUGUACAAGUUGGGAGAGUUCCUACGUGAAAAAUAUCAAAAUUUCUUGGGCGACGUUUACUACCCAGAGCUCGUUUCCGCGCGUAGCACUGAUUACGCUCGAACAAAAAUGAGUCUGCAACUUGCUCUCGCCUCCCUCUUUCGACCAUCUUACUUGGAAAAGUGGCAUGAAAUGUUGGAUUGGCAGCCUGUUCCUUUUUCUUACGUGCCUAUACCUCGAGACGAUCUUUUGGCGACAACUUCGAAGCCCCGUUAUUUGGCAGAGAAAACUCGGGUGGCCAUGUUACCGGACAUUCAAGCACGCUUCAGGAACCUAAGCGAAUUCAUGUCUCAACUAACAAAAUUAACAGGCAAGAAUAUCAGCGGAAGUUUCGAUAUAACGCAGAUAUACGAUACUCUUUUGAGCGAAGACAUGAUGAAUUUAAGCUUGCCUAGCUGGGCGGCUGAUAUGUUUCCCGAUGGCAAAUUGUCCGAAGCUGCACUUCUGUUUUAUGACAUUAUUACUUAUGACACUAAUGUUACCGAAUCUGUUGCUGGUAAAUUGAUGUUGGAAAUACAACGAAAUAUGUUAGCUAUGAAGAGCGAAACGAGAGAAAUACGCGCCAAACUAUUGCUGUACAGUGCUCACGAAACGAAUAUUGUUGGUGUUUUGAAAGCUCUGAACACGUACAAAACGCACAUACCUUUUUAUUCCAGUGCUGUGAUAAUCGAACUUUGGAAAGAAGUUGACGCAUACUACGUUAAAGUAUUAUAUUACCUUGGCAACUCGACAGUUUUGGAAUUACAACUACCAGGGUGCCCUGACGUAUUAUGUUCUUUCGAUAAAUUCACGUCGAACGUAAAAGACAUUCUAGAGUUAGCUGAAAGACGAGAAACUAAGUUAAAGUUUUAGGUGCACGCACGCAAUCAAAUGAUAAUUUUGUGUCCGAAAAUGCACGAUAGAACCAAUUGUAUUUUACAGCCUGUUACAUCCUCGCUCGAAGAGACGGUCGUCAAACAAUGUCAAACAUCUCCCCGCACAGAGCUAAAUGAACCUGCAAGGCAUUAUUCAUCGCGUAUAUGGCUCGCACAACAUAAUAACGUCCGCAUUCAUCGCGGGACCUCGGCCAAGUGUCAGUCGAGCUCCUCGUGUUCCAUAUAACGAAGAAUUGCCGGGCAUCAUUUUUUACGAGCUUCCCUUUUAAUAUAGGCUGCUGAUAUAACUCACAGUUUCGGAAUUUUUGUCGCCCGAUGCAAAUCGCACUAUUAGUCAAAUAAUAUUCGUAUUUUCAUUUAAUACAGAUGAGAUGGCUGUCAGUCAGUGCUGAAUCAUUUGCAUCGCUCCCUUUUUCAAAGUUCCGUCGGACAUUUUCCGCGCGCGCGCUUCAGUAGGUUGCCUGGCGCUGUUGUGUGUCGGGACAUCGAUCAAACGCCAUCAUUGCAAAUGUUUGAUUCCCCUCUUGAAACUCUCACACAGCUGCAAAUGUGUUGACCUAUCGGGAUCAGGGAUUUUACAGCUUGGCUGGAACUUGUGUAUCAGAUAUGGCAGCUUGAUUUCGAAAUAAAGUUUUUCUCGAAAGUUGUUACUAACCAUGUCUACGCCACUGUAGAAAAUACAAAUCCAAUAUCCUCUUGCCAG